CAGUUUCAAAAGUUUCCGUCGUGAGAUUUCAAUGCGACGCGUUACACAGAAGAUUAUCGCAAUCGAGAGAAACGGGAUGCAUGGUGAUUGAUCCGCCGAAAGGACGAGCGCUCUUACAUGAGAUAUCGCGAGCCAAUUUCAAUCUAUGCAUUUAGUUUCAAUUUAUGCAUCGCAUAUUCAAUUUGAAAAUUGCAUAAAUACCGGAUUGCUAUACGCGAUCCGAAUUAAUAGUCGUCAUUUGCGGUCGCAUUCCAAGUCGGAUCGUCAUCGAGAUAGAUAAUAUCUAGAAUUGUCAAUGAAAUAUGAGCGAGAUAUGAGUCUCCCAGUCACUGAAUAAAUCCCGUAACAAAAUGGUAACUUUUAAAGUUGUAAUUACAAGCGAGAUAUACCGAGCGAGAUAUGUACCAUCUUGGCGUAGAUAAUCGUACCGUCUACCUAUCUAAUGUCAUAAAAAAACAGCAGUAAAGCAACUUUACUGCAGAGAGAAAUACGCGUUUACGCGAAGACAUGUAGACGCCGCGGUGGGAAAUACCACCCGCGACGAAGGAUACUGAAAGUUGUAGCCAUCCUCCCGUGGAAAAUGGCAAGUUAGCGCGAUCGUAGAGUUCUUUCAUCGCGAUAUUCUAUCGUGAGUCUAUAAAAUGCGUAUGCAUGACGUCCAAGUGCUUGUAUGUGCCUUUGAAAAUCCGAAGAAAGAGGAUCCGAAGGUCUGAAAGACGCCGAGAUGCCUCGGGAAUUGGAAGACAUUCUCGCGGCGUCUUUCAAACGUUCUUUGCGGUGUUUUUCCCUUGCGCUUUUUUUCCAUGCAAUUUUAUUCUUAUUUGCCUUUUAUUUUUUUUCUGUGCCUAGUAAAUGUAUUGUUAAUUGUCGUCGUAGCUGUGACGCGGCGACCGAUAAUUUGGCUAUUAAUUUCGCUCUUCUCCUGCCUCGCGUAAAUCAUCGUAGCUCCGACAAGCCCCCCCGGCAUUCACGCAAUCUCUCUUUGUCUUUCCGCAGAAUAAUCUGACAGAUGGGGAAGAAGAUCUGCCUGAAGACGCUUUCUCGCUGCUGUCGGUGCUCCUAGAUUCCUCCUUGUGAUCCUGAUAUUCUUCUCCGUCGCCGGCAACGUCUUGGUCUGCGUGGCGAUCUACACCGACCGCGGGUUACGGAGGAUCGGCAAUCUUUUCCUGGCCUCCCUGGCCGUCGCCGACCUCUUCGUCGGUGGGCUGGUGAUGACAUUUGCCGGGGUCAACGAUCUCCUCGGCUACUGGAUCUUCGGACUGUGGUUCUGCGACAUCUGGAUCGCCUUCGAUGUUAUGUGCAGCACUGCCUCUAUCCUGAAUCUAUGCGCCAUAUCACUCGACCGUUAUAUACACAUCAAGGAUCCCCUCAGGUACGGCCGUUGGGUGACUAGAAGAGUUGCUAUUGGGGGCAUCGCCGUUGUGUGGCUUUUAGCAGGACUCAUAUCCUUCGUACCGAUCAGUUUAGAUCUUCACAGGAAUGAUGAUCAACCGAAGUAUGACGACGGAGUGGAGGAGCACCCUACGUGUGCCCUAGACAUUACGCCCACCUAUGCGGUAGUGUCCUCUUGCAUAUCUUUCUACGUGCCCUGCAUUGUGAUGCUGGGUAUUUAUUGCAGGCUCUAUUGCUACGCGCAGAAACAUGUGAAGAGUAUCCGAGCGGUGACGAAGCUGCCGGAUACCUCCAUGGCCAAGAGUUUUCGUUCGAAGAGCAGUCGCUGCAAGCCACCGAAGCCACAGACGAAGACGAAGCCAACCAGCCCUUACCAUGUAUCCGAUCAUAAGGCCGCGAUCACCGUCGGUGUAAUCAUGGGCGUAUUCCUGGUGUGCUGGGUGCCCUUCUUCUGCGUCAACAUUGUCGCAGCCUAUUGCAAGAGCUGCAUAUCUCUCCGAGCGUUCCAGGUUCUUACGUGGCUCGGCUACAGUAACUCGGCCUUCAACCCGAUAAUCUACAGCAUCUUCAACACUGAGUUCCGAGAGGCGUUCAAGAGGAUCCUUACAAAAGGGGCACGCGCGCGGGGCAACCAGCCGUCGACUAGCGAGUGCGGCGAGUUCCGUUCCGUAGUGGUGCAGAAGCGAAACGGCUCCAUGAUCGAGUGUAACAUCAGUCCAAGAUCGAGCGCGGAUAGCUGCCAGGUCGGCGUCAUGGCUCAACGACAUCGCGAUACCAUCGUCAGUGCUAUAUAAAGCAUUCCGGCAUCUCUCGACUCUCGGUCAUCUGAACAAUUUCUUUCCUGGAUCUCACUCUCGCUGCUUGCCUCCGAAGUCGUCGCGAUCGUGUCACCUUUGUCACUCGACUUUCGUUCGAAACAUUCGCGAUACAAAAUCUGAAGACACCGACAUCGUUCAGCAAAGCGUAAUGAUGUAACGUGCAAAUUAAACACAUUUCAUCCAAGAGGAUAUUCGUUCUUCAUGGUGCGUUGAUCCUCUAUGGUCUUUCAUGGAGGACAUAUCGAUUGAUUUCCACGGUGUUUAAAUUUAACAAACUUAUAAUUUUUAUUUGCCACCUUAAAAUAUGUUUCAAAUCCACAGAGAAAAAUCCGUGAUGACGCAAUUGAUGACAAUUUGCACGAUUUCUAAUGGAACGUUCGCUUAGUUAUUGUUUCGUACAAACUUGCGCCAGUGUACAUAAAAUCAACAUACGGUAACUCACUUGUACCAACAAGCAGAGUUUGCUCUCGCAUGCUAAAGUUUAGUAUUUGCAUCCGUGAAGGAUUGAACGCCAAACCGCCCGCCUGCUCAAAGGAAGACUGCAGCUGCAGUUGCGACGACGUUGUCUCGCUACAGCCACUCGCGUAAGAUAAGCAACUGAGGACGUUGAUAAUACUCUCAAUCACAUUAUUGAAUCUCUCCUCACGUAAUAUCAAUCAAUGUUCUAGUUAGCUGUCGUUGACUUGGCCUGAGGAUUCUCUUGGACCAACGAAAAACGCGUUGCUCGUAUCUUCUCGACGUCGGAUUCUAGAAAAGCAAUAUCAUAAAUAUUGGAGCGACGCAAAAUCGAGACGUUUGCCGGGAUGAUUAUUAGAAUGAGCACUUCGAUACGUCGCGUCUUCGUUUCCACGACCGUCGUCAUGAUUUGAAAUGACCACGAUUAAUGAUGCGAUCACAAUGAUAAUUAAGAGUGACGCGCAAAUUUCUUCAAAGUGAUAUUUUUAUUUUAACUUUAACGCAUUCUGCAUGUUCGCACAAUCGAGGAGUAUAUCUCCUUUUCUUUUUUAUGAAAAAGGACUAAAAGGCUGUGUUGUUUAACCAUACAAGCGCGAUAUUUCGCGAAGACAUCAAUCAUUGUAAUUAAGACAAUCACCGAAAACCUACUUUGAAACAUAUCCGAAGACAUAAUCCGCCGAAAUUGUAAUAUUAUCUUCUUCUUUAAUUUCUUCAUUCGUUUGUUUUUCAAAGCGGUACGACGACGGGCAUAGAGUGGGAUUUGUUGAUUAAUAGAAGAAUCCAAGUGUAGCGCUUAGGAUACUAAUCUCAUCAAGCAAUCUCUUUAAUGGAGCAAUGUCGAUAGUCGAUCUACGAUGUUAAAAGCUGGAUGUUACUCAAAAAUACUGAUAUGUUUCUGAAUAGUAACGUCUGUCAUGGAAAAUAAUAUAUAAAAAAAAAAGAAAACUUAAUAGCAAUAGGUCAGCGCAGCGGCGCCGUGAACUAUAGAAUUCAUUUACCAUCUUGUAAAUAGCCAUUUAAUUAUUUUUCUAUUUGACGGGGUGCGGAAAGAGAUGAAUAGCGAGACAUUCGCAGAGAUGCGAAAUCUUGUGUCUAAUGGACGCGCGCUUAUUGGAUGUACGCAAAAUCGUCGUCGAGCACCCGUCGAAUCUCUCAACUCAAUUCUGCAUCACAUAUCCGAGCGGAAGGAAGUAGUCACGAGCCAAUUUGUCGUUCGUGAGGAUCCGUCGAGCUUCCUUGGUACAUCUAUAUCUACGAUACAAAGCGCAUUGCGAUCCGGCGCGAGAGAAAGAUAAAAGGGGAUACACGAAUGCAUAUGUCGCUGCAGAUAGAAAUGAUCAAAGGAACAGUAUGAAACUCUCUAGCCGGCAGAAUCUGUGCGCAAUGUUGAUGUAUACUACUGAUAUAUUCGAAUGACCGUUCUCUGUAAAUAUACUAGACUAAGACUUCGAAGAAUA